GUUAAAUGCACCUGUUUUGUUUGCUCUGUCUGUAAAGGCGUGCUGUGAUUGGUCACACCAUCACACUCAUUUGUCAUUGUCUGUAUAUCAGUUUAAGUAAGAGAGAGUCAGUGUCAUCAUGUACAAUUCUGUCAUCAACUGAGAGAACCUCUUCACUCAAUGAAGAUGAAGACAACACUUGCUGUGCUGCUAAUCAUGGAGCUCUGCCGACUCUCCUCCGGUCUCAUUAAACAACAUUUCUUUGUGAAAGAUGAGAAGACAUGGGAUUCUGCAAAUAACUACUGCAAAACUUAUUUUCAUGUCCUCUCCACCUUUACCAAUGACAACGAGCAACAGAAAUUUUUGGAAAAUGCAGUUAAUGCACCUUCUGAUGCCUGGGUUGGACUCUACACAGAAUCAGGAGUCUGGAAGUGGUCUGGAGGUGAAAAUGCAACACAAAUUAGCUGGGAUACUGAUCAACCAGAUAAAAUUGAUGACUGUGCUUUUAUACACAAAGGCCUUAAGAAACUACAUGAUGCAGAAUGCACUGCUAAAUAUGCCUUCUUCUGUAUGAACGUAUCAGAGUUUCUCCUGGUGCGUCAGAAAGAGACCUGGGAAGGAGCUCUGGAAUACUGCAGGACUCAUUAUAAUGAUCUGGCAAGUCUGAGCACAAUGAACAUGAUGUAUUCUGCUUUACCGGAAAUCACAAGGACUGAAACAGAAUAUGUGUGGACUGGUCUGCGCUUUCUAGCAGGGGACUGGUUCUGGGUCAAUGGUGAUGAUCUUGACAACACAGCCUGGUAUAAGAGGAGACUGCCCCAGUGUCCUGCCAGAGACCUUCGUUGUGGAGCCCUGGAAAAGCAAACAAAGCUUUGGACACACAGAAACUGUGAGGAGAAGCUCAGCUUUAUUUGUCAGUAG